AUGGCCCCGGCGCUCCCCGUCACUCAAUUUACCCAUUUCGACGCGGUCAACGAGACCGAGAAAAUACCCCACCGAAGACGGGCCCUCGCGUCCGUCAAUAACCUAAUACCCAUGGAGGAAGAUGACAUGGGACUCCAAAACCAACCUAGCCUGGCCAAAGACUCGCAAGAAAUGGAGCAAAUUCUUGUUGAUCUUGGCAACAGUGACCUUGUUCAAACAGAUUUGCUUCAAGCCAUUAAGACCCUAGAAAGCGGCGGCGACACACUGUCUACAGGGGAUGCUGAUGCAAUUUUCCCCCUAGGCGGCUUUGAAUUGCCUGACACAGUAGAAUCUGAGGGAGAUGCAUCAGAAGACAAGAUUAGAUUGAUGCAAGCAAGGUUAGAACGUCGGUGCGCAUUUUUGUUGAGACGCUUACGAAUAUUGCAAGCUAGAGCCAUUGGUAAAAGAGUAUCAGAAGAGGCUGCACAAACAUUUGAAAAAUGUACUCGUGGAGCACGCAAAGAUGGUGGUGGAAGGCCUAUGGGAGUAAAAGCUUUAUUGAAAAAAGUUGAAACCACAGCUGCUUUACAAGCAAGUGCAGCGUCUCGAUCAGUAGCGGGUCCAAAAUAUUAUAGAGCCGGAACAUCAAAAGGUGAUGCAUCUCGUUCAGCAUCUAUAGGUAUAGCUUCUGGGACUCUGAAUGGCUUGCAAGAUACUGCAGGAGCCUUAAGAUCACACUUGUCUGUUGUGAAACAUCAACUAGACUCUGAUGCAACUGCAUCCUCAUCAGGGGCUGAAAGCAAUGAUGAAGCUGUGCCAUACAAUAAUACACACCAGCAACAUAUGCCUAUCGAAAAACGUGCUUUAUGGUCGUGGCAGAAGACUCGAGCGUCGAUCGCUUCUCGCUGGUGUUGGCUUCAGGUGCAAGUACAGGAGCUCGAGUACAAAAUACGACAACACGACGAUUUGCAUAAACAGGUUCGCGAAGCCAAAGGUCCCGUGGAAUUCGAAGGAGAGCCAGUGGGCUACGAAGGCAGCCUCCCUGGAGAUGAAGACUCCUCGUGUACGUGUGCCAGAGUGCGCCCCCUAAGAAGGGAUACGUUCAAGAAGAGAAAACUUUUGCAAAUGCACAAUUUACAUAUUGCAACACCUAAAGCUGCAAAACCCUCUGACAUUAGGUGCACGUGCCAGUAUAGAGUGGAGAGCUGCUCGGUGUGCACCGGGCGCGCCGAGCCCACGCAGCCGCCGCCGCCCGCGUCCACGCUGGCGCCCGCGCAGCGCCUCGCGCUCGUCGACCCCGCCUACCAUCCCGUGCUCAGCGACGUCAGAGACAUCCGUCCGCAAGUGCACCUGUCCGCGCUGGCGUCGCGCUCGUGGUUCCGCUCGCGCUUCGGCAAGGCGUGGCGCGGCGCGCACCACGCGCCGCCGCCGCGCGCGCCCGCGCCGCGCCCGCCCGCGCCCGCGCGCCGGCACGUCACCAAAUUGAAAAGAGGUCGUCCUCCAUUAUCAAGGAAAAUUAAGGAGAGAGACCGAGACGGUGACACUUCAACAUCGGGACAAGACAGAAGGAGUCGCAGCAGCACGGAGUAUAGAGCGUUGCGACGGCAGUCGUACGACAUAGACAACAUCGUCAUACCGCAGAGUGUGGCCGCCUGCACUCGCCCUGAGAUACUUAACUAUAAGCAGAUUAUUACUCCAAAAUGGCGGGUUAUGGAAAUCCCAGAAACGCCACUCAAUAAUGGCGUAAUGAAAUCUAAUCGCAUGUCGAUAGAGAGUGACGACGAAGAUAUUUCAGACGCGGCGGUGCAAGCGAGGCACACUCGCGCGGAAACGCGAGAAAGAAGCAGGUACAUGCGCAAGCGGCGUUCCCGACGCAACCACACGGAGGAGAACAACGCGCAACCACACCCACACCCGCAACCGGAACCGCCGCCACCACCACCACCGCCCCCACCGCCGCCGCCGCAACCGCGAGCAGCGCAACCGGAACCGCAGAUGCAUGGUCAGAGACAACCGUCGCCCGCGGCGUAUGAGGCAAUGAGACCAUAUUCGCCGAGACGCUUUCCACUACAAGAAGAACAAUAUCUAGAAAUGUUAUCCAAUAUGCCGGAGGGCUACCGGCCAAGUAGUCCGGAGACACCACGGAUCGAUGAAGAAUCCAGUUCCCUGUCACCAAUGUCACCUCUGGUCUUCGAUGGAGAUGACCCGGAUGAUGCUGAAUGGGAACCCAGUGUGGAGAAAUCAGAACGGAGAAAAAGUACUUUGAGG